CGUUUGUGCUAGACGGCACACGCGGCGUAUGGGUAAUUUCACUGGGUCCUCUAAGACUGUUUUAUUGGAUUUUGGCGCAAGAGGGCAAAAAAGCCGGCUAAAGUGUCCCUCGCGGGUGUGUGUGCGUGUGUUGCCGGAAAUACUUUGAGCAAUCGAAACGAAACGAAAAAAAAAGGAAACCGAAACAAAAGCCUAAGCAAAUUAACUUGGCCCAUUCGUUAUAUUGCGAGCAUUGUUCUAGUGGUUAUUAUGUUUGGUUUUUUGCCCAGCCCCCCUGCCAGCACGAAAGUAGGUUAAUUGACGUGUGUUGUGGGCGUAUCUACAAGGAAAAUAAUAAAAAAAGUACCCACAAGUAUAAAAACAAAUACAAGAGCUGCCAGUAAAGUGGUCAAUUGGUCACAGCCAGAGGCCUCUGAACCCACUCGAUAAAACAAGAGUGUGCAGAGCAGAAAGUCAAGCUAAUUUAAGGUCACCCGGGAAGGAGGCGGAUCCUUGGAGCGGGAGCAGCCAAUGCAACCUGCACAGACAUCAUUAGACGUGAAUAGCAACCACACAAAAUGCUGAUACUGCUGCCGCUGCUGGGGAUUUUUGGUAAUGGUCUCGUUGCUGAAGUCGAGGCGAGUCUGAGUCUGGGCUUUAAGGCCAUCAAAUUGCCCAGGCAUCCGAAUCCGGCCAAUUGCAGCGUUGGCAACACAACUUUUGCACAUGGAGUCACAUUUAAAUUGGAUUGUAAAACUCAAUGCGUUUGCGAGAAUGGCCGCCACGCCUGCUCGACGCUCUGCCCCAACGAGCAGCUCCCGGCGCCCGAGGACACGAUUUCCUGCCGAUCGCCGCGCCUCGUCGAAGUUCCCGGCCACUGUUGCAAGAUGUGGCUCUGUGAGAAUCCAACAGCUGAUGUUUACGCCACCUGCCACAACAGCACCACCAGCGGCAACUGGACCGCUUGCAGCCGGAGCUGCGGCCUUGGCACCGCCACGCGGCACACCACCACCCACGCGGGCUGCCAUCAACUGAGCAACUUGCGGCUCUGCGAGAAUCGCAAGUGCGACAAGGACGACCACGAGGACAAUAAGCGGGGCAGGAGCCGCCCGUUAACGCACAAGCGGAAGCUGCAUCACGCCCACAGCCACUCCCAUCAGCAUUAUCAUCACCACAAGGAGCACGAGGACCACGAGCCGGCCCACAGGAUACGAAAGGGCCACGAGUGCCGGAGUAUCCAGCGGCUGGGUCCUGCCAGGAUUCGCCUGGGCGAGUGCGUUUCGCGAAAGCUGUAUCGACCGAAGCUCUGUGGCCGUUGCCAUCGCGGGUUCAAGUGCUGUGCCCCGGCGGUGUCCACCACGAUACAGGUCGAGCUGUUGUGUCCUUUAAAUGCUGUCGAUCCAAUUAACUACGUACAGCGUCGGGAAAGGCAGCUGAAGGACACCCAUGAUGAUGACGAUGGCGAUGAGGAUGAUGAUGGGGAUAUGGCCGAGGAGGCGGUGCUCGAGAAUGCACAGUUAUGGGAUACGGUCGCCUUGGAGCCAAUCGAUCAGGAAUUCCUGCAAUCACAUCAGACUCAAAUCGAGAAUAAAUUCAUUGCCGUCGAAUGGAUACUGAAAUGUGAAUGCAGCACGAAGAAUUGCAACGCCGACAGCAGCAACAGCAGCAGCAACAGCGACGACAAUAUGUCUAACACAAAUAAAUAUGGUUAUUACAAUUACAAAAACAAUAACCGAGGCCGGAACCACGAAAUUAAUGGCGAACCAAAUGAGCCGACCAACAACAAUAUUGGCAACAACCAGGGCAGAGAAGAGGAUGUGGAUGUGGAUGUGGUCGAGAACAGCAACAACGUUGACCACAACGAUGUGGACAACAUGUCCUCGGAACAACAGCCGGAUAUUAUACCCUAUCCCCUGAGUGUGGGCGAAUCCAGUUGGAAGGCCGAAAAACUUCGACAGCAGCAACAGCAACAGCAGCAACAUGAACAGCAGCAACAUCAACAACAGCAGCAACAUCAACAGCACUGGCAGCAACUCACAUAGCGUAAACGAUUCCCACGCAAGCCAUGAAAUAAAACUCGAUCGGCCGAGUCACAGAUAUAUGAAGAUAUAGCAGAUAGAGAGGAGUAGCGUUUAAGAUUUGUACAGCAUAGCGAUACUUAAGGCCCCAAGGAUGGUUAAGAUUGUAAAGGAAAAUUGGAGAGGCGAUGCGAGUUAUACUUAGGAUUUGAACAUAUCGAGGCAGUAAGUUUAGGUAUGUGAACGAUAGGGUUAGUACUAAACCAAGGGCAAACAACAAACACAGGCCGAAUAUUACAAAUAUUUUUGCAAGCAUCUAUACACCGAAACAAGCGCGACAAAAAAAAAAGAUGAAAAGGAACAUUUUCAGAAAAUCAUUUGAAUGGAAUGCUGCCCAAUAAUAACGUAUAUGGUAAUAAUAAUUUUAAAGACAUAGAUGUAACAGGCUUAAACAAUUCUAAACCAAAUGAGCAAAUGCUAAAUUCGUGUGCAUUCAAGUUAUAACUGUGCUAUAUACUCACCUUGUAUUCAGAAUCUACACGUACGCCUAAGACUCUGCUUGAACAAAGAAUUUAGCUGGAUGAAAAUGGACAAGACCCGGGCUCAUGACCCGGUCAUAGUUUCGUUAUGCCCCCCCAACCACACAUAUCCCCCGAAAAUAUCCCGAAACGAGUUCUCUGAUUUAGGUCGUGUGACGAGCGAAGCUUAGCCAUCACCCAUAUCAAUUGUAUCGAUGUAAGUCAACUCUUAGCCAGCGUCAGAGUUAUCCGUGUGCAGGCGAAAUUCAAAUAAAUUAAAUGCGAAAAUAUAAAA